GCUCAGUUUAGUGUGCGCGCCUGAUUGUUGGUGGGGAGCCCGUCUUCCCUCGCCCCACCUUUCGAGUUGUGUGUUAGUGAGGCAGUGGCGCUUGCCGUGCCAGCAGAGAUCCUCAGUGGCGGAUUGCGCUUCGCUCUUUUGACUGGUCGCCUGUUGGAAGCGUAUCUCAGUUUUGUUUAGUAGUCAACUCGGUUAAAGUGAUUUCUCUUGGGAAGCGAAGGUCGUGUCGCUUUGAGGCAAAAGAAGCCGUCUGCCAUCGUUGAAUUCGACGGAUGAUACCUUGUUCCCGACGGAUGAUACCUUGUGCCCGACGUAUACGCGCCUGCUUGAAGCCUGCGCGGCUCGCUAAAGACGACGUUACGUUGUGACAAGCGGCAAUGGGCCCAAAAGGAGGUGUGUCGUUAUGUGCAAGUUCUUAGCUCUGCGAUACGCAACUCCAGGAAGCGCCGAUGCGUCUUUCGCGGUUAGAAGCCACAAUCGCAUCUGCUACUGCCAGAGAAGACAGCAUUGUGUAAAGCUUUACCUCAAGCCUUGCGGUACCUUUCGGCGACCAAGAGUGCGCAAAUAUGCGCCCGUUGUUGCGAUGGUCUGUAUCAAACAGCGAUGUCUGCUAAAGCCCGGUUGUCACGGUAAGGUGGUGAAGCUUUUGAAUUUCCGAUAUGUUGACUGAUGCAUUACUGUGGCGAAGUCUCGCAAUAAACGGGUCGUAGACCUUUGUGUGCCAGUUUAAAAUGAGAAUGGAAAUCUGAAAAAAAAAAGCUCGCCUCGUUUUAGACUGUGCAUCGGCAACUGCUUUAUCGCCUUAGCAACAGACACGCUUCGGAAUGUCAAAGGUGAUGGUGUCCGCAGACUCUCAGCGGUGGCUUUGAAGCUGUUCGACUGGCCUCGACUGAGCAAUCUUGACACGGUUUUCGAAGCUACAAUAGCUCCCUGCUCGAAACACACAAGCGACAGCCAAGGGAACGGGCCCCCACUGCGAACAUAAAAGAGGUCAUCGUCUGCUACGAAGGUCCUUGGUCGUCUGCUAACGUGGCAUGCGCGGCUUGCGACCUCCAGCAUGGCUGCUCUGGCGACCCAGUGUCUGGACCGGAGUUGCGCAGCGGUCUGAAAGCGCCGUGCGGAGGCGCGGUCUGCGCUCCUACGUCGUGUGUGUUUGUGGCUGAAACUUCAUAGAGCGGGUUCGGGUGAAUCAUUCGGUGAAUAAGUCCGAAGUGGUAGUCACCACCAUUCGUGUUUCUCUGGAGAGACAACAUCGUCGUCUGUUCCUGUUCUGCCAAGUGCGUCGUCUGCACACGCCCGAAGCAGACGACACGAGGCGCGCAACAUGUCGGCCGUGGAAGUGCUCACGCGAUACCUGAAGCGCAACUCGCGUCGCUUAUCUCGAGAAAACAGCCGAGAGUCCACGUCACUGCUGUCGGAAUACAACGAUCAGAUUCGAUCCUUUGUCAGAAUAGUGGCCGACUUCACGCAGCAACUCUCCAAGUUGCACUCCCGCCAUGCCGAGGAACUGCAGCUGCUCGUCGAGGCAUUCCGGAAGCGGAAUUCGGAAUUACGAAAGGAACGGCCUCCGUACCACAGCAGUCUCUUCAACUGUUGGGAGGUGCUUCUUCAGGAAGUUGAAGUCGAUUCCCAGGUGCACGGCGACAUCUCCCGCUGCUUGUCCCAGCACAUGGGCGUGAUGCUGCUGGAGAAGACCUUCCACCGCAAGGCGCAGUCGCGGAAGGUCUUCAUGCACCGGGAGAGCUUCGAGACCAUCCUCGUCAAGGCCGAGGAACUGCUCAAUAAGUGCCAGGGCGAGUACGCCGAGGCGUACCGGGCGGUGUGCCGCCGAGGCGGUCCCGACCUCACGGCUGCGCCGCUGGACCAGCCGUCGCCGCUGACCGCGUCCGAGGAGCAGGCGGCGCUGGCCGCCUACUACGACUGCCACAACGCGUACGUCCAGCAGCUGGCCGCCACCAACGGAAUGCUGGACGAGUACUACGGCUCCACGCUGCCCCGCCUGCUGGACGAGCUGCAGGACGUGUACUGCGACAUCAGCACCAUCGUCGCGCAGUCCAUGCUGGCGGCCUCCGACGUCCUGGCGGCCAAGGCUCGGGAGCAGGCGGAUCACUACGAGGCAGUGGGUUCCUCGUGCCGCGCGGUCAACGCGCGCAGCGACCUGGCGGGCUUCGUGCGGACCCUGUGCAACACGGACCCUCGCAACCCGGCCGGAAGUGGGGCGAUACCGGCCACGCCCCCUCGGCACCCGUUCGUUCCGCCCAGGGCCGACGACGAAUCCGUAUCAUCGGGGGACUCCCAGCUGCAGCAGCCCAGCCUCGGGGAGCAGGUGAUAGUGGACCGGCUGGCUUCGCUGUCGGUGUCUUCGCGUUCCGAGAGUCUACGGCAGGACGUGGCGCAGCUCGAGGUGCAAGUGCGACAACUCCAGGACACGCUGGACGCCCUGCUCAGGAUGCAGCAGAGGAGCUUGGAAUCAAGCCUUUACAACAAGGCCAAUGAACUUCAGGAGGACAUUAGUAUGAAAAGGUUUGAUCUCCAUGUGGCACAGAUUCACCUCGCAGCUGUCAAAGCCCAGUUCGCUCUGUUCCGGGGCAAGGAGGUAGAGGCGGACGGGGAGGAACGCAACUGCCGCGAGCGCAAGGCGUCGACCGCGGUGCCGGCGGUCACCGGCACCAUCAAGAACAAGUGGCUCAAGGCUUUCCGAAGCCUCAAGACCGGAAGCGGGGCCUCGGACAAGCCUGAUGGGUCGGACCGGAAAGGAAGCCAUGCUGCUGGCGGCACGGGUGGCGCAGGCGUGUCCUGGGACACGGGCCAGCACGUGUUCCAGGAGUACACGUACAAGAAGGUGACCGCAUGCGACGUGUGCCGCGAGAUACUACGCGGCCACGUACGCCAGGGCCUCAAGUGCAAGCUGUGCAAGUUCAACGUGCACGCCGAGUGCCAGGACAAGGCCAGUCGGUGCCAGCCCAAGCCCAGGCUUCUUCGAAGACAGCGGUCAGCAUCAGAAAUUGAGACCAAGAUCAUCCCAGCCGAACCUGAGGAAGAAAAGACGCCCAGUGCCACGCCGGACGCUGUGGACCCCAUCUACCAGCUGCUGAAGCAGGCCGGCGACCUGGGCGGCUCGUCCCGCCGGGAACGCGGAGUAGGAGGAAUGGAGGCCUCCUCGACGCUGACCCGGCUCGGACCCGGCCCGGACCGGGACGGCGGCGGAAGCAGUAGCGUCUCGUCGAGCGUGGCGUCACUGCAGCAACGCCGGCCCCGCUCGAACGCCUCGUCGUCGGCCUCCUCCUCUUCUUCGCACAUGCUCACUGUCUCCUCGCACCAGCACCAUCCGUCGUCCUCUGGUAAGCGGACGCCUCCUCAAACAGCACCUCACAGUCCCCAACGCAAGAAGUUGUCUCUCCGUAUGAAGAGCCUCUCCCUGGACAGCCCUGAGUCGAACGAGCACGCACAUCGUCGACGACAACUCACAGCUCCCCAAAGUCCGGUGCACGGUCGAAGGCAGCUCCUGAGCGCCAAGGCGGUGCGCAUGAGUUCGGUCGAUCUGCCCGACGACAACGAGAAGUCACUCAGCAGCGCCUCUACCUCACCCUGUCCAUCCCCAGCUUCGGCGCAGAAACCCCAUCGCCUGCUACCAACCAACCUCUACGUAGUGCUGUACAAUUUCAGGAGUCGACAUCAGGACGAGCUCGAUCUCAAGGCUGGUGACACGGUGACUGUGAUCGACACCACAGACCCAGAUUGGUGGCAGGGCAAGUGCCUGGGCCGCGUGGGGUUCUUCCCGUCCAAGUACGUGGCCAAGCUCCAUUCGGGCGAGAGGGCUCUGCAGGUGGUGCACUCCAUACAGGUCAUGGACGGGCAGGAACCCGUCAAGCUGCUGCGUGAUCAGAUCGUGAUCCAAGUGGCCGACGAGAUGGACGGCAAGGUGUUGGUGCGCACGGGGCUCGGCGACAAGGCGCUGCCUUGCCCACUGAAGUACCUACAGGAAGUGUGAACCACGUCCUUCCCCGCGCUUCCCCGUAUGCGGUGGUGGUGGUGCGGGAAGAAAAGCGAGACUUUCCGGGAAGCUGGGUGCACCACCAUCGUCGCCGACUUCCUCUUUCUCCGUGUACUUCCUCCAUAACCUCGGGGCACCAUCUGCAGUCGUUCAAGCUCGGCGACGGGGCGAUCGUGACCGAACUGAUGGACGCAGUCGCCAUGCCGAUCAGUGUGCACAUUCAAAGCCUCUUUCUUCUUCUUUUUUUCAUUUUUAUAUUUAAUUUCCAGUUCCGUUUAUUUAGUGCGCGCAAAUUCCUUGUCUGUUUUCGACUGUGUGGAGCGAUUAUUCGUGAAAGGGUGAGUGGGAGUGCAUCGUCGACCUUCCACGAGACCUUCGUCGAUUCAGGAGUGACUAUGUCCACGGAGAUGUAGGCCUAACGAAAAGUACGCAGGGAAUGAAUUUUGGUGCGAAACUGUUUGCAGGUUGUGACGAUCGUUUUUUUCUAUUUUUUUUUCUGAGAAUGUUUACUCACCCCCGUUGUUGUUUUCCGGUGCCUUUCCUUGUUAUCCUUUACUCUUUAUAUGCUGAUGCGUCUUUCUUUUUUCUGUGUUUGAGCUCAUUCCAGUUCUUUAAUUCUAGCGCUGGAAGCAGUCCGCUUUCGCAUGGUUGGCAGAGUUUAAGCAAAAGCGCUGCGUCUUCGGGCACAAUAAGAACAAAUCCGCAAGCAAAACUAACGUGGCCAAUCGCGCCAGGUCGAAAUUUAGGAUUUCUCAAGAUCCCUGUCUAGUGCCACUUACCGCAUUCCAGUUUGCAUGGAUAUUCACAGGUUUCGCGCAUUAAUGUAAUACUACAGGCACUGACAGCAAGAAUUAUUGAACCGUCCGUACCCAUCUACCUCCUUGGUAGAAGCUGCAGAGACAAGGCUGCAGACGUUUGACCGCAGUGAAAUGCUGUUGCUUUAUCUGCUACUUGAAGAGCUGGAAUGCAGUUCUUUGGUAUGUCAUCACAGUGCGCGAUGUGGCAGCCGGUGGAAAAGGCUAUGAAAUUCUGUCUCAUGACGUCAUUUAAUAGAUGACAAUUAGGUCUUAUCUUUUACACACGUCCCAUGGCACUCGUCUGUUAACGUGGUUGUGAGUUUCUCCAAGCUGUGCUGCAUUGAUAUUUGCUGAAAAGUUUAACAGGUACCUUUCAGUAUAAAGCACUCUUUUUGUUAAAAAAAGACGAAGCGUACAUUAGGAACAAUACUGACAUAGCAGCUGCAGGAAAUUUAUCGUUUAUCAGACACAACAUUCGCCAACAAGCUUUAGUGCAUUUACUCCGAGGCUAUGAAAUGUUAGGCGUUUCUCCACGAACAAUUUUAUGCAAAGCGUUCGUCGCUUUUUCUUUUCUUUCAUUCGUUCAGAUAAACGGAAUUACUCAGAAUGCGUGCCGACGUGUCCAUUGGUUUUUUAACUACAAUAUCGUCCACAGCUGCUGCAAACUUAAGUCAGUUACAAAGUUAAAUGAAGCAUUUGAACUGUUACAGUUGCAACAACACCAGCACUAUGGCCAAGCAACACAUUUGUUGAACCACCAGCCAAACAGCUUGAAAACUCCAACUCAUGGCGAAACAUAAGGCACAAUUACUUUGUCCUCAUAAGCUAAAGACAGGCGACGUGUUUUGUUCCGACAUUGUUGACGUUGCCUACUGGCGCCGUAAACGACGCACCUGAGUUUAGUUGCGUUUUCUUGAUUUUUUUUUUCGAUCGCACCGGUUAAGCAUACGUGAACUCCAACACCGCUAGCACUUACCCACAUUUAAUAGUCCAACUGCCGCCGACUUUGCGAUGGUCGUCACAGAAACACGUUCUCGUUCUUUCGUGGUCACAGAGAGCUUUACUCUCCGGCUCUUCGCAAGUUCAUUUAUUUGUUUUUCGCUUUUUUUUUACCGAGCAAAACCAGGCAGACGACUGCCAGAACCAGCAGCUGACAGCAACGUAUAUUCAAUCUUUCACCGCAGUGCAGCUGUUGGUGGUCAUGGCUUUGAGCCGAAGUCAUUUUUUUUGGUCAUCAUAUAUAUUGACCCAAUCGCGUCGCUAUAGGCUUUGAUUAGUCCUAGUGAGUGAUUGCACGGGUGCAAUUUGCGUAGGUCGCAUUGACCGUGCUGUGAAGUGUUUUGCCGAUCCUGCCAUGGACAUGAUUUUGUCGUAAGCAGUGGAAGUGUCGCUUUGGCAAGUAGUCGUGAAACCUGUUUUGUUCUCUGCGUCAUCUUUGUGACUUCAUAUUGGCAUUGUGUAGGAUGCCAUAUAUACAUAUAACUUUUUUUCAUUUUGUGUGUGGCUUGCAGAGCGAGACAUACCCUUCAUGCCACAAGGUCUCGAACCAAACUCGGAAUUGGAUCAGUUUUGUUUAUCGAUGUGGAUAAAUACCUGUUUAACCGAUAAUUUUGCUUAUUAAGUAGACGUGAAUAAUUAUUUUCGCAGACUGGACAACGAAAGCGUAUAAAAAUCAUCAAAGCGCGUGCCAAAAUAUUUUGCGAAUACAACAUCGAGUAAAACUGAAUUCUUCGCGUUUCGAUUUUCAUUUACCGCAAACAGAGCGUCUACAAAGAAAACAGAGAUUUGACAAAAUCGCAGUUUUGGAGGUGUUCGCGCUGAAUAAAGCUUGCGCGAGCAUUGCCCAAACCGUUUAAACUAAUGUCAUUCAAUUCUUUUUCGUCAAGGCAACCGAGCUCCCUAGUUGAAAUUUCUUCCUCAUGCCACUGAUUAGUUAACCGACUGAUCGAACGCACUGAUCUACAUCAGCCUUCGUGCCAUAGCAGAAAUUUCAAAAUUCAGAAUUUCGGCUAAGCGGCGAUAAAAACACGUAAUUCGCUACGAUCGACAUCAGACGCCUGGAAUAUCUAAGUAUGCUGCCAGCUCUGCGCGGUACUGCAAAAAGAAAAAAAAAGAGUUACCGAGGUUUAUUGUUUCUCCCUGCCAAAGCGUCACUUCCUCUGCUCGAAUUAGAGAGUCAUAAAAUGAUUUACGGGAGAGUAAUUUAGUUUUUCUCACUACGGUACCGUUUCCUGGUACGCUGUAUAGAUUGAUGUUGCCGUAUAGAAAAGAGAUAUUUCGCCGAGCAUAUAACUCGUUGACGAGAGAAGAUGGAUACGACUGUUGCAGAGUUUUUUGGAGGUUGUCCUUGUUGUGAACUAAUUAAGUCAUAUUACAUAAUAAAUGAGCGCAAGACUGGCAUAGGCUGCUUGUGCCCGCGUGCUGCGAUCAUUCCGUCAUGUGACGUCGAGCAAAGGCGCUGAUAAGCUGAGCUAUCGGCAAUUCUAGCCCCAGAAUGAUGGCGGUAAAUAUUUCGCGGGAAUAAUCGGUGAAGUUAUUACGCCAAAAUGCUUGGUACACGUGAGCUUUCAGAUCGUUUCGUUUCGUUCACGCAGGGACCGCUGAACAUGCAUACAGUCGGUCACAAAAGCUUGCCACAAAUUUUUGCGACAAAACGUCGGCCAGAAAAUUUUGGCACACAGGUUCAGCGGCCAAUGCGAAUUUCCGUUCUUUUAACGCAUGGCGCUUCUAAUUUAACGAAUCACAGAGUAGGUCGCAAUGGAUACUACACACCAAAACUUUGAAUUCAAGGUUAUAAUCCCAGGAUUCACGGUAAUUCGGCGUGUUUUGCAUAUCUCGAGCCCCGUAAGCUUUCGUGGCCGACAGUACAUAUGUGCACUUUUGAGUGCACAUUCAUAUGCAACACAUGUUUAUGAGUAUAACAGGAGAGCGAAGAAUGCGUGCUAUACCACGAACCACAUAUAUGAUCAGCUCGGUCCUCAGACGCUUCCACCUUUUCAUGAUAAUACCGAAAACGAAGUUUCAUUUUUGACGUUGGCGAUUGGCUGGCGAGAAAAUCUGAAGCUAUAGAUUUGUGAAAUGCUAAAAAUUUGUCAACUUUUCCCAAAUCAUGCUAAGAGACGAGGUUGUAUUGGCUUGCAAUUUAUAUGAGCGUGGACAUUCCUUUCCUAUUGGCUGAAUUUCUGAAACAAUCGUUCAUCAGUUUUAAGUGUCAUAGCUUCUGCAACGUACUAGCUACUAGCGUUUCUACGGCACCCUCUGGUUCUUAAUGACUAACUUGCAAAUAUUCCGCAAGCAAACGCUUACACUGGUUGUAAAUUCGGCAUUUUCAGUAUUAAAUCUUUAAUUAGAUCAAGUACUUAGGUGUCAAAAUCGUCUUUACAUACUGCCCUGUUGGAUCUGCAAAAAAAUGAGAACACUUUCUUUUUUUUAAUUUCCUUUGUUCUCACGCAGGCAAAGAUGGCGGUAUCAAAAUAUUUCUGCCCUUCUUCGCUUAGUUUUAGAAAGCCAGUCGAAAGUGCGGCAGCAUCAAGCAGCUAUGCCAGCCUUGCCAGAUGUAAAUAUCUUGUACAUUGCUGCACCAAGAUUUUCUUCAAACGUUGACGCACCGCGCACUGAACGUAGAGAGACUCGAGAGAAACGUGGAUAAUGCGCGCAUGGUUUUAACUCAUACACUGCAGAGAAAUGGUUUAAUCGAGUUGGACUGUUUUAACAUACCGCACAGCGUUAGACGUUCGGAAAGGGUCCGGAAGAGGUCAGCUUGUCUGGUCAAACACCGCACAUAUCAUAAUUCGAAGAGCCCUCGUACACCGGAAGCGAGGUAAUGCGGCUGCUAGUGGGGAGCAGUUCCUGUGACCUCGGGAAAUGUUGUUCUGUCAAUGAUUUACUCAAAGGACACAACUAAGUGUGCAAAUAGAAAAACCUGUGAAAAAUGUAUGUGUAUAACAAUUACUGCAAAACAAAGAAAUGAUACAAUUCCACCAGAAAGCAAGUGCCAGGAAUACGAAACACAAAGUAUUUCUUAGUCGGUAAGGUAAUAAUAAAGAUUUACAACACUGUAUAGACGUUCAUGUAUUUGCGCAUGCGCAUUUGCACAUUUCGCUGCCUUCCCUGGUUUCCCGCAUCGAGACAAGCCGGUUUCAAACGGAAUUCCUAAGCUUUGUUUCAAGUUUACGAGAUCUUGAGAUUCAAAACUUUUUAAAAAAGUUUGUCUUAGCAGUGACAAAGUAAUUUUGGGUUUCAACAUUCAGUUUUUUCAGUUUUUCAACAAGAACUGAAAAAGUCUGCGUAGCGGCGGUAGCUGCCAAAAACACCCCUUUAAAAUUUAGUCUAAUGAUUCGCAACAAUAGACCGUUGCAUCAAAGAACCUGCAGAAAACUACGUGUAGUUACAACUAUCUUGCAAGCUGACGAUUGCAAUGACUGGCUACAAAUGGGCAAUAAAAGAAAGUGUGCCCCUGAAGACCACGGCAGAGUCCUGAACAAAGGGAAGAACAUAAGUCAUAAAUAUUUGUUUCUUAAGCUUCCUAAUUUUUGGUUGUUGAGAACGUGGUGAUAGUUGUCGUACGUCAAUUAUUUGUAGAAAGCUGUGCUCUCUAUCAAUUCCGUUCUGUGUUUUUUUUUUUAUUACAUAUCCCAAGAUGCUCACACAGCGCUUGAUGUGUGAUUGUGCUUGCAUUUCGAACAUGUCGAAUAUUCUUUUGUCACCUACUUUAAGCCUCGCUAUUAUUACGUCUUUCUUCUCUUUUCGUUUAAAGGUGUUUUUAUGAGCAUUAUUUUGAUUGUCCGGCACCGAAGAAUUUAAGGUUUAAGAAUUUAAUUUAAGGAAUUUCUGCAACUCCAAGGAUUGCAGAAAUCCCUGCACCUAACAUUACAACAGCGGGAAUCAGAUUCCAUAGGCCACGUGAAUAGUUUACUUUAGCUUGCAAACUGCGCACUUAUAUUUAUUCUUCGGUGCCCCUGUGAAAUCUGCAUACUCAUUCUGUGCUCGCGUCUCUUUAGAGUUUUUUUUAUUCAAUUAUGUUGUGUAUCUGCAUAGCAUGGCAGCGAAAACCUGCUUACAAGCUCGCCAACGGUAAUCCUUCCAUUCUCCGAAAUAAAAGAUGCCUAUACGAGCAUUUUGAUAGCACAGACACCGUACUAAUGGCUUUCAUACAAUAAUCUCACCUGAGAGUUCAGCUCGAACUCAGCGAACUGUUGUGCAAUUUGCCAGAUUUCAAGUCCGUAGAUUUCAAACUUCACCGAUAAGCAUGCACACCCACCUCGCGAUUUAAGUAGUGUAACUGUUACGCUUAGCCAUCAUACAUUCGUGAAUUAUGACAGCUAUGAAGUAUUUUCGACGCCUCUAGGGCUGUCGAUUUCACGGAAGUCUGAUUACGUUUCUUCGAAUGGCGGUGAGACUCGUGGCUCGCGCGUGUGACUCGUGCACUACUGCCCAGAUACGAGAAGGGUUAAUACAGGAGCUUUGAACGCAUGAUUCACAAUGCAGUGCAAUUUCGGUCAAGAGUGUUACGUUAAGGGCCAGAAACGUUUUCAUAAGUCUAUCUAGAGGUUCGGGUUGUGAACACGUAUAGCUAUUAAAUAGCAGUACAAAGAGACGUUAGAAAAGCGCCGGUGUUAACCAACUUCUUUGGAGUCGAGAGUCGCACAGUUGCUAUUUUUGUAUAGACUUCAGUAAAACAGUAUCGACGACAUGUACUGUGUACGUACAAGUAACAGUGAAGUGGUUUUCUGUGGUAUCCUCUUUGCCCAUACAGAGUUUGGAAUUGCCAGCAGCUGUAGUUUGUCUAUUUGUCGAGCGUUGGCUCUUUGCGGUGUAUUUAGAGUAACCAUUCAUACAGGGAAAGCGACUCGAGCGAUAGGUUACCGCUCAAUGGCGCAAGAUUCCGCUGCCAGAGCCAGUCGUGUACAGAAUGAAGUUUAGUUAAAUGACCAAUGAUUCCACUUAGAGAUUUCAGGAAUAGCUAAAGUUGAGCUAGUACUACGCAGGCAUAGGGGCCACAGCGUUAAACAAGCGCCUACUAAACAAAGACGACGUGUUCUGUUUUUACCUUUGUUCUACUGUUAUCUGCCUUUAACGUCGUUCGAUGUGUGCACUGUCUGUCAGAUCCAUCUGCGAGUCUUGUUGUGUGAAUUCGCAGACAGCUAACACGUGACUGACACGUGACAGAGUAGGGUGUAUAAAAAUAAUGCGUUUAUCAAACUCUGUCGGGCCGUCUCCAUUGGGCGCUGAGUUAAGGCAGCCACGUUGACUUCACCGCUUUGUAUCACGUGGCUGUUGGACGUCUUCAAACAAGAGUUGUCGUCUGCUUGACCGUACGCAAGCAGACGGGCUUUAUACAUAUAUAUUUCGGUGUGGUUUGCACACGUCACACUUGUACUGCGUACGAGCCACACGCACUCUGUAGUUCACACACUGUUUCUGGUGCCAUGUUCUUGACCUUGUAGGUGAUGUCUUGACCACACGCGCACGCCGCCCGCGUUAUAUGUAGCCUGAAAAAAAAAAAAAAACCUGCUUCUCUUCCACAGGUUCACUGUAUCGUAGUUAAGCAUACUAAACUCUCUGCCAAAGAUGGAAAAUGAUUUUUGGAUGAGAGAUAUGUGAAGAGGUUCUAUUCACUGUUUGGUCGAGGUUGACUUGCUUGACGACAACGUGCCGUGGAGUUAUGAUCUUUUAAGAAAAAAAGAAUAAUAAAAACAGAGUACAGUUUAUUGCGUACGUUGAA